AAAUUGCCCCGCGCGACGCGUCGCUUCCACUUUCUCUCUCGUCGUCUCGUUGCUGCGACCGAAUCUCCAUGGCUGGCAAAGGCAACGGAGCGGGGGUCCCGGUGGGGCUGGCGCGGCUGCUGCUGCUGCUGCUGUUCCUGGCCCUGGCUGAGCUCGGGAGAGCCCAGGACACCCCUGUCCCUGGUGAGGAGAUCUUGUCCCAGGUGGCCUUUGUCCAGAAGACCCGCCGGAACACCAGCAGCAGCUCCGAGUUCAUGUUCGAGUUCAACGACGAUGAGAUUUUCCACGUGGACCUGGAGCAGAGACAGACCAUCUGGCGGCUGCCCGAGUUCGGGCGCUUCACCAGCUUCCAGGCUGAGGGCGCCCAAGGGAACAUCGCCGUCCUGCAGUCCAACUUGGACAUCCUGAUGAAGAGAUCCAACUACACCCCCGCCGUUAACGUGCCUCCAAAAGUGAUGCUGUAUCCAGAGAAGGCGGCGGAGUUGGGGGAGCCCAACAUACUGAUCUGCAUGGCGGAUAACUUCUCUCCGCCGGUGCUGAACAUGAGCUGGCUGAAGAACGGCAAGCCGGUGACCGAAGGGGUGCAGACCAUGGAUUACUACCCCAAGAAGGACCACGCCUUCCGCCGGUUCUCCUACCUGCCCUUCGUCCCGAACGCAGAGGAUGUUUACUUCUGCCAGGUGGAACAUUGGGGCCUCACGGAGCCCCUGAGCAAGUUUUGGAACGUCAAUGUCCCAGAGCCCCUCCCGGAGACGACUGAGAACGUGAUUUGCGCGCUGGGCCUGGCGAUAGGCCUUGUGGGCAUUGUGACCGGCACCAUCCUGAUGAUAAAGAGCCGGAAGAUGGGAGAGGCCAGUUAUCGCCGUGGAAACUUGUAAACCACGAUUGCAGGCUUGACUUUCUGCCUCAACCCCCACCCACCCCUGUAAGCUGCAUUUACACGUGUGCUGCACAUUUUGUCUUUUUCCCGACACUUGUGACGACUCCAGAGUAAACCAGAAAGGGGGCGGACGCUCUCUGCCCCACUGCCAACGUUCUUUCCCACCGCCCUUUGUUGGAGGUCCCAGAAGUGCAACAUUCCCAGGGGAUCUUGGGAAGCAACGUCUUCCAAGCAUUGGGCCUAGAGGGAAAUGUAGGAGGGGGUUUUGGAGUGAGAGAGUUUGGGGGAGGAGAGAAUCCUUGGUGCUCUCUGAGCUUGGCUGUUUUCUUGCAGACAUUUCCUGAUUUUAAAUGGGUAACGCCAUCAGCACUGAUGCGGUUACCUAGUUGGGUCAUGAGAUGUCUGCAAGAAAACAUCCAAGCUCAGAGAGCACUAAGGAGCCCUCGUGUCAACCCCGAACUACAAAAAUUCUCCUUUAUUGAGAGAAAAACACAGAGCCUUUGCCGAAAAGCCCCUAGCGAGUGAGAAGGCCAGUUUUAAGGGGGCAGCUGGUUCACCCCCCAGGAACCAGGGCUAGCUAAAAGGGGCACACUCCCUGGUACUCAUCCCCCCCACCUCUUGAGUCAUUUUCUCCCCUCCCUUUCUGAUCAGCUCCAUUGGUUUCCUUGGGACCCCUUUGUCGUUGGGGAAGGCAGGGCGGGCGAUCCCUUAGCAUCGGUCUUCAAUGACACCCCCACCCCCACCAUCUUGGUCCGUCUUGGAGACCUCCCUUCAGGCAACCUCUGACUUCCUCGGCUGUUACAGCUGCCGUCCCGGGCCGCAAACUCCCCGAAAGUCCAACCACAGCCUACUUGCUCCCGUUGAAUAGAAUGUGAAAGCCUGCUUGUGUAUACAAAGACAAGGGUCCCUUCCCGUUUUUCAGGACCCUGGACAGUGAUUUAGCUCUCUCCCUUGCGCUCCCUGUAGAAUUAGUACGUUUUUUUCCCCCACUAAUGCUUCCUUCUGCACAAUACACACCCAAAAAAAUUCUAUCCUGCAAAAUCAGCUCCUUAAUUUUUUUAUUUUUUUGCAACCGCUGCAAAACAGAAACGCUUUCAACGCUGGCUGAUGCUUCUUCUUUCUAAUAAAGAUAUUACUCAACUGUG